AUGCAGAAAUUUUCCAACACUCGUCUGGAUGCUUUUCCCUCCGUCUCUGCCUAUUGCCAAGAACUCAAAGUCCUGGCCGAUCAACUAGCCAAUGUCAAUGCCCCGGUUGAUGAUGAACGUCUUGUGUUGCAACUCAUCGCUGGGCUUAAUGAAUCUUAUGAAGGGAUUGCUACUAUCCUUCAACAACAAGACCCUCUACCCUCUUUCUAUACCUCGCGCUCCAGGCUCAUCGAAGUUGAAACCCGCAAAGCCGAACAGGCGCUCCUUGCGUCUAAAACUGCCAUGGCCCUAAACACCACCACCAGCCGCACACCAACCCACACCGACUCACCUCCGAACACUUACCGCUCCGAUUCGCGGGGACAUGGCAGGUCUCGGGGACGUGGCCGCGGUCGCAGUUCGUCUGGCCGAUCACGCUUCCCACCUACCAACACCUACUGGCAGCCGCCCUAUGCUCCCUGGAUGACUCCCUGGUCCGGGUACCAACUGUAA